AGUUGCCGCACUCUUAUCUGCUUUGAAAGUUUUGAACUCUUGAUCAAUUCCAUUCAUUUCUCCGUCAAUUGUCCUUGCUUUUCCUUUGGAAAUGUCCAUGAUGCCUUUGUUGACUCUCAAGAUUCAGCAACAAGAUUCGGACUUACAUCGAAACGCGUGACAAAUUCCUUUGGCAAUUCCCUUGGCAAUUCCCAGAUUUGAGGACCCUCGGUGGAGCCGCGUGUUAUCUUCAUCAUGGGUUUAGCAGAAGCUGUUGCUUUUGCUCGAAAUUUCGCAGUUAUGGUUAGAGUUCGUGGUCCAGAUCCAAAAGGGUUGAAGAUGAGAAAACACGCUUUUCAUCAAUAUCGUUGUGGGGAAACAACGCUCUCAGCUUCCGGAAUGCUUAUACCUGAUAACCUUUAUGACACUGGAGUAGCUAGGCAUCUUUAUGGUGAUCUUUGUGAGGGUAUGGGAUUGGUUGUGACAGUGGCGUCAGUUGUUGAACCUUUUCUAUCACCACAGCAAAGAGAAAAAGUUUCUCAGUUUCAGGGUCGGCCUGAGUUGAUUUCUGGUGUUCGGAUUGAUAUUAUGACGGAGAAAACCAGUGAGAAAUCAGAUAAAGGAAUCCCUUGGUCUGAGGCGCAGCUUUUGUCACUAGUGGAUAUCCCUCUGUCCGCUCAUUGUCUUCAGUCACUUGUUGAAGCAUCUUUCAGCUCGCCCGAGCUUGGGUGGGAGGUUGGCUGGUCCUUGGCAUCUUACACUAGUGAUUCUCAGCGUUCUAAAGAUUUCUUGGAAACUCAGGGAAGUUUGGAAGUUGGAGGAUCUGCCAGGUUAAGCCUAAUGUGCAGAUCACUGACUAGAAUGGCUAUUCUUGGUGUCUCUUCAUCUUUGAAGGACAUGCCGGCUAGUACAGUAUCUUCAAUGAAUAGAAGAGGCGACUAUCUUCUGGCAGUUGGGUCUCCUUUUGGUGUCCUGUCACCUACUCACUUUUUUAACAGUAUUUCAGUGGGAUGCAUUGCAAACAGCUAUCCUCCUAAUUCAUCUGAUGGAUCAUUGUUGAUGGCUGACAUACGAAGUCUUCCUGGAAUGGAAGGUAGCCCAAUCUUUAGUGAAAAUGCAUCUUUCACUGGCAUCCUGAUUAGACCAUUGAGGCAGAAGACUAGUUCUGUGGAAAUCCAGCUGGUGAUUCCAUGGGAAGUCAUUGUGACUGCCUCUAGUGGCUUACUGCGUAAUUGGCCUCAAAAUACAGCAAAAGAGUUAUAUCAUGAGGGAAAGUCACAGGAUGGAGGAAAGGGGUCAUCUACCAAAACUGACGACUUUGGAUACUGGGGUUCUAAUCAUGCAAAUUCAAAGUUUAGUAGCUCCUCACCAUUACCAAUUGAGAAGGCAAUGGCUUCUAUCUGCCUUGUUACUAUAGAUGAUGGAGUCUGGGCAUCUGGUGUUCUUCUGAACAGUCAAGGUCUGAUACUUACUAAUGCUCACUUGUUGGAACCAUGGAGAUUUGGGAAGACACAGAUUAGUGGAUAUGGAGACAAUCCUAAAGAAUUUCCUUUCUUAGCAGAGAGGGAUGCAUCUGUUAGGAAAGGAGUUAAGGAUAAGCAGCAAAGUCAAACCAGAAGGUCUAAGAUGACAAUUCUUAAUCCUUUUCCAGCUAAUGAGCCAGCGGGAUAUAUAUUGAGUUCAAAUCACAAUAGACAUCAAGUCAUACGUGUACGCCUUGACCACGUAAAACCUCGUAUUUGGUGCAAUGCUAAGGUUGUGUAUGUCUGCAAAGGACCAUGGGAUGUUGCCCUCUUGCAGCUUGAAUCCAUACCAGAUCAGCUUGCACCUAUUGUGAUGAAUUUUUCAUGGCCAUCCAUGGGAUCAAAGGCGUAUGUCAUUGGCCAUGGACUAUUUGGCCCAAGAUGUGGGUUCUUCCCAUCUGUCUGUUCUGGUGUCGUGGCUAAAGUCAUUGAAGCAGAGACUCCUCAAUCCUAUCUCUCAGUUCAGCAAGGGCACACCCAUGGGCAACUCCCUGCGAUGCUGGAAACAACAGCUGCUGUUCAUCCUGGCGCUAGUGGGGGUGCUGUCGUCAAUUCAGAUGGUCACAUGAUUGGUCUGGUUACAAGCAAUGCAAGGCACAGUGGAGGAACUGUGAUACCUCAUCUUAAUUUUAGCAUCCCAUGCGCGGCUUUAGCACCCAUCUAUGUUUUCUCGAAAGACAUGAAGAAUCUUUCAGUUUUGCGAGUUCUUGAUGAACCGGAUGAGUACAUUUCAUCAGUAUGGGCUUUGAUGCGGCCAUCGUCUCCGAAGCUCCCUCCAAUGUCUGAACUGCCUCAGUCCCUCGUAGACGAUAACAGCAAAGAAAUUAAGGGUUCUCGGUUCGCAAAAUUUAUUGCUGAAAGAAAGGGGAUCUUUGAUCAACCUUCUCAACAAGUGAAGCGUGGAGUGGAUCAAGUAACCCCUAGUAAACUCUGACCUCAGCAGGUCUUAUGUGCUAAAUGAGAGAUUGCAACAUGCCUGGAUGAACUUACUCUGCAUUCUGGGUCAUCGCUGGCUGCAAGAUGCCUGGAUGAAGUAAAAUGAAUAGUCACUCACAGGGAAAAUGAUCAUAGAAUCGGACCGGAUUGGAUAGUCAAACUAUACGAUAGGAUACUAGGUUCCUAUAAAGAUAAAGCCAAAGUUGACUAUUGAUGACAUGAUCAUUAGAUAAUUGGUAUCAAUGAAGAUCAUUUUU